GCCAUCUGUGAGGAGUUCUGGAUGGAGAAGGAGAUGCAGCGCCUGGCCUAUGCCUACGGCACCUUGAUCGUCACCUACAUCCUGCCCCUCUCCGCCGUCUCCCUCUCCUACAUCUGCAUCUCAGUGAAGCUGAGGAACCGGGUGGUCCCCGGCCACCCCACGCAGAGCCAAGCUGAAUACAACCGCCUGAGGAAGAGGAAGCUCUUCCGCCUCAUCCUGCUGGUGGUGGCGGUUUUUGGGGUCUGCUGGCUCCCCAUCCAUGUCUUCAACAUCAUCCGGGACAUCGACAUCAACCUCAUCAACAAGGACUACUUCCUCCUCAUCCAGCUGCUCUGCCACUGGUUUGCCAUGAGCUCCUCCUGCUGCAACCCCUUCCUCUACGCCUGGCUGCACGACCGCUUCCGUGGGGAGCUCCGGAAAAUGUUCACCUGCAAGAGGAAGAUCAUCCCCACCAAGAACUGUGGGGCUGCUGGUGGUGUGCUCUAA